AUGUUCGUGAUUGCUCGUGGAGUUCUUGGCUGCGGAACAGUUUUCCUUGGAGCAUCUGGCGCUCCGUUGAUCACAGAGAUUGCACAUCCAGCGCACCGAGCUACAGCAACAGCUAUGUUCAACACAACCUACUCCCUCGGAGCAAUUGUUGCGGCCUGGUCAACCUUUGGGACAUUCCGUAUCGAUGGCAGCGCUGCAUGGCGAAUUCCUUCAGCCCUCCAAGGCCUUCCGUCCCUUGUGCAACUGCUUGGUUUAUACUUUGUUCCAGAGAGCCCACGUUGGCUUGUAUCCAAGGAUAGAAGCAACGAAGCGCUUGAAAUCCUUAGUAAAUACCACGCAGAAGGAGACCAGGCCGACCCGCUCGUUCUUUUCGAAUUCAACGAGAUCCAAGAGGCUCUCGCAUAUGAACGCAGUUUGGGCAAGAAUACCUGGAUCGAGAGUUAUUUGCAGUUUACUCGUUCUGGUGGGAAUCGGAAGCGCUUGUUUAUGUUGUUCUGGAGCGCGUGUUUCGCUCAGAUGUCGGGCAACGCUUUUAUUUCAUACUACCUCUCCCCGGUUUUGUCGAGUGUGGGAUUGACAAGCAGUCUAGAGCAGACCUUGAUCAAUGCAACCCAGCAGAUGCUUUCAUGGUUUUCUUCUUUAUAUUUCGCCACUCUUCCCAAUAAGCUUGGACGUCGAGUUCUAUUCCUUGGUUCAGGAGCGAGUAUAUUUCUUUGCCUUGUUGGUAUCACUACUGGCAGUGCUAUUUUCGCCCAAGAUGCUUCAAACAAAGCGGCAGGUGGCGCAGUGGUUGCCUUCCUCUAUCUUUUUUCACCAUGCUACAAUUUUGGAUUGAACGGGAAUCUCGGUCUCUACAUUGCGGAGAUCCUACCUUACCAUCUUCGCAUGAGAGGUCAGGCUUUAUUCCAGCUUUUCUCCACUUGCUUCACCCUACUCGCAACCUACGCCUUUCCCAUUGGGCUACAAAACAUCACAUGGAAAUUCUAUAUCAUCUUUAUUCCAUGGGUUGCCAUCGAGUUCAUUGUGGUGUACUUUAUCUACCCGGAAACCAAGGGAUACUCACUUGAAGAAAUCGCGGUCAUUUUUGAUAAAGAGAGGGCGGCAGGUCUCCGGAAUGAUCUAUGCGCGGAUAGCAAAGAGGUUGAUGUUGAACAUUCUGAAGUUGUUAGCAAGUAG